AUGGCCGAAGUCAACCCCAAAGCCUGGCCCCUUGCCGAUGCCGCCCUCACCAACUCGAUCAUGGAUCUCGUUCAGCAGGCCUCCCACUAUAAGCAGCUCAAGAAGGGAGCCAACGAGGCCACCAAGACCCUCAACCGCGGUAUUGCCGAGUUCAUUGUCAUGACAGCCGACACCGAGCCCAUCGAGAUCUUGCUCCACCUCCCUCUCCUCUGCGAGGACAAGAACGUCCCCUAUGUCUUUGUCCCCUCCAAGACCGCCCUUGGCCGUGCCUGUGGUGUCUCGCGCCCCGUCAUUGCUGCCUCCGUUACCUCUAACGAGGGCUCUGACCUCAAGGCCCAGAUCUUGGCCAUCAAGCUCCAGAUCGAGAAGCUCUUGAUCUAA